AUGUCGACCUCCGUGGAUGCUCCCCAGCAAUUUAAGCAGCCUUCUCGUAAGGGCAAGAAGGCGUGGCGUAAGAAUGUCGAUGUCACCGAGGUUCAGGAGGGUUUGCGCAACCUGAAGGAUGCAGAGAUCAAAGGUGGCCUUGUGUCCGAGAAGCCUUCCGAUGAACUUUUCACUCUCGAUACUACCGGAUCCGAGGAAGUGCGCAAGUCCUACGCUAAGAAACACAAGCCUCUCAAGGCCGAUGAGAUCCUCGCGCAGCGGUCUAUGAUCCCCGCAUUGGAUGGUCGCAAGCGUGGAAACCCCAACGUUACCGAUGGAGUCAUCGAGCCUAAGACGAAGAAGGUCAAGAACGACUGGGUCAGCCGCAAGGAGUACCUGCGCUUGAAGCAGGUGGCAAAGGACAACAACCCAGGCAAGAAGACUGAGACUGAGAUCUACGAUCCUUGGGCGGACGACACCGAGCCCACCACCACCUACGAUGAUCCUCGCUUUGAUUUCCUGUCCAAGCCCAAGGCCAAGGUUGAGCCAGUCACACUAAAGCACGCUCCUAUCUCGCUCGCUGCCAACGGAAAGCGCAUUCCCGCUGUUAAGACACCGCACGCCGGAACAAGUUACAACCCUGUGUUUGAGGAGUGGGACCAGCUCUUGGAGACGCAUGGUGCCAAGGCAGUUGAGGCUGAGAAGAAGAGACUCGAGGAAGAGGCCAAGGAGGCUGAGAAGCAGCGUAUGAUUGAGGCGGCUCAGAACGAUGAUGGCGAAGUCAAGUCGGACGAUGAGAGUGCCUGGGAGGGCUUUGAAAGCGAGUAUGAGAAGCCAGAGUGGCUGAACAAGAAGCGCCCCGAGCGGAAAUCCAAGACGCAACGCAACAAGAUCAACCGUCGCAAGGAAGCAGAGCGGAAGGCCAAGUGGGAGUCUCAGAUGAACAAGAGAGAUGCACAGGCCGAGCACAUCGCCAAGAUCAUUGAGCAGGUCAAGCAACGGGAACUUGAGCGCGAGAACGAGUCCGAUGCGGAUGAUUCUGAGGAGGGUGAUGACACUACUCUCCGCAGAAAAACUUUCGGUGGCAAGAAGGCGGUGCCUGAGAAGCGAUUGGAGCUGGUGCUUCCCGACGAACUCCAGGAUUCGCUACGACUUCUGAAGCCCGAGGGCAACCUUUUGGAUGACCGAUUCCGAACAUUAAUUGUUCAGGGUAAGCUCGAGUCUCGCACACCGAUCACGCAGGCCCGCAAGGCCAGGAGACAGGUGACCGAGAAGUGGACUGCGAAGGACUUCAAGACUGGGUACGAAUAA